AAGAUGUGAAUUCACUAAAAUACUUCACGACGUGUGGACUUCAGGAAGGUUAUGAGCCUUUCUGUGUUAACAUGAAGAGAGAUGUCACCCAUUGGUACACCAAGGACCAGCCCAUAUUUGAGAACACGGAUGAAAUGGCUGACACCAGAAUUGACGUCACCAGGAUACCAGCUGGCUCGGAUACUCCACCUUGUCUGAAGAUCUCUCACAAUACAUUUGAAACGAUGGAGAAGGCUAACUGGGAGUUCCUACGGUUAUCUCUCCCCGUUAUUUGUCAUUCACAAUUUAUUGAUGAGGCAGAAAAAGCUCGUCGCUGGGUAGAGAUCAAAGAUAGACAGCAGAUCCUGAUGAAGGAGGCCACCGAAGCCCAGAUGCCAGCACACAUAGAUCAGAUCAUGAGGAGUGGAUUCACCAUGAACGAUAUCAAAGGCCUCCACUACGACGAGAACCAAGAAGAAGUGCCCAGUUCCAAAUUGAAGAGGCAACCGUCGAGACCACCGAGGAAGGGUUCCGUGACUAGAGGCGUUACUAUACAGAAUUACAAUUUGCAACCAGGUCAAGUCAACGGUAUGCAUCGCACUACAAGUGAAGCAGAGAUGGCCAAAUAUGAAUUGGGUGUUCAAAAUACUGAGGACAAAAAAGAUAAGCGUGGACGGUCGCCGUUCAAGUUCUUCAAGAGCAAACGUGGUGAAAGUGGCGAUAGAUCGAAAUCUCGGAAAUCAAAAACACCAGAUCCAUUUAGUGAUACGGAGGUCUCGCCUGAAAGAGGCAUGCGCAGACCCAACCCACAGAUCAGAGUUUCACAAUAUGAUUCAUAUUGUUUGGUUUUUGCACUUCAGACUAACUUGACAAUGGCAACACCAACGCAAGAUCGUAAACAGAUGACAACUAGCGCCCUCUCCGCGGCGACGACUGAAACAGUGGGCAAUGAGAUCUUCGAUGCUGAAUGUCUGAAAUUAAUCAACGAAUACUUUUACGGUGUCAGAAUAUUCCCCGGCCAAGAUCCAACUCACGUGUACAUUGGUUGGGUGACAACACAGUACCACUUACAUUCAAAAGACUUCAAUCAAGGCAAGGUGAUGAAAUCAUCUGUCAUCAUCACCGAUGAUUACGACAGGGUCAUUGAGAGUGUGAAUCGCCAGUCAUGUUAUAUGGUGAGAGCUGAUGAAUUAUAUAACGAAGUAAUGGCAGAAGCGACUGGCAAGGGUGCUCAGGGGAUGUUUGUGGGGUGCUCCGUCGACACCUCCACAGGGACUGUCUCCUUCACGUGCGAGGGGAAAGAGACCAGCAUCAAGUUUAAGAUGGAACCAGAAACCAAGCUAUUUCCAGCCAUAUUCGUGGAAGCAACGUCCAAAGAGAUCCUCCAAAUUGAACUGGGAAGAUCGAGCACUAGUCUACCUCUCAGUGCAGCUGUGCUACCAACUAGUGACAAACACGUCAUACCUCAGUUCCCACCGAGGUUGAAGAUCCAGUGCCUCAAACCUCAUCAAUGGGCUAGGGUACCAAACUUAUCCCUCCAAGUGCAUGCUCUGAAGUUAUCAGAUAUCCGCGGCUGGUCUAUGCUCUGUGAAGACGCUAUCUCCAUGCUAGCUCUUCAUAUACCAGAGGAAGAUCGCUGUAUAGACAUAUUAGAACUCAUUGAAAUGGACAAACUGCUCAGUUUCCACUCGCAUACACUCACACUGUAUGCUGCAUUAUGCUACCAAAGUAAUUACAGAGCUGCGCACGCGUUAUGCCAACACGUGGACCAGAAACAACUGUUGUACGCAAUUCAGUCCCAGUACAUGUCGGGCCCGCUGAGGCAGGGCUUCUACGACCUCCUCAUCGCACUGCACUUGGAAUCACACGCCACCACCAUGGAGACAUGCAAAAACGAGUUCGUGAUUCCACUGGGACCGGAACUGAAGUCCUUGUACGAGGAUCCGGAAAUGGGACACUCGUUGCGAUCGCUGCAGACUGAAAGCGUACGCCCCCAGAUGAAGAUGACUGAUAUCACUGAUAGCAUACACGACAUUAGCAACCUCUACUCCCCCUACUUCCCCUUGGAGGUGGUCAGGGAGUUCGUGAUGCAAGCGCUGGCCGAAGCUGUGGAAACCAAUCAGGUCCACAAUCGAGAUCCCGUCGGUGGAAGCAACGAAAACUUGUUCUUACCACUUAUAAAAUUGGUAGAUCGUCUUCUAUUGGUGGGCAUGAUGCGUGAUGAAGAUGUAGAGAAACUACUUAUCAUGAUUAACCCCGAAACCUGGGAUCCCACAUUUGACAAAGAAGCAAAAGACGAACAUAGAAAAGGCUUAUUACACAUGAAGAUGGCGGAAGGUGCAAAACUGCAGAUGUGCUACUUGCUUCAACAUCUGAACGACAUACAACUGCGGCACAGAGUGGAAGCUAUCAUUGCGUUUGCUCACGAUUUCGUUGGUGACCUGCAGACUGAUCAAUUGAGGCGUUAUACAGAAAUCAAACAGUCGGACUUGCCAAGCGCGGUAGCCGCCAAGAAAACGAGGGAGUUCCGUUGUCCGCCGCGGGAACAGAUGAACGCUAUACUUAGCUUCAAACACAUGGAGGAAGAGGAUAAGGAGAACUGUCCGUGUGGUGAGGAGCUGAUCGCGCAGAUGAUGGAGUUCCACGACAGCCUCAUGGCGCACGUAUCUCUCAACGCGCUGCAGGAACCGGAACCUACGGAGUCUGCAGAACCAGAAACCAAGCCGGGAGCGAUCGGGAAAUUGUAUAACAUUAUAAAUACCGUCAAAGAAUUAGAGGAAGAACAGAAGGCUAUUGAAGAACCACCAAAGAAAACUCCAGAAGAGAAAUUCCGUAAAGUCCUAAUUCAGACAAUCGUGAACUGGGCAGAGGAGUCACAAAUCGAGACGCCUAAAUUAGUUAGAGAAAUGUUCAGUCUGCUUGUCCGUCAAUAUGACGCUGUCGGUGAGCUAAUCAGAGCCCUGGAGAAGACUUAUGUCAUCAACGCCAAGACGAAGCUAGAUGUGGCUGAGAUGUGGGUGGGGCUGAGUCAGAUCAGAGCACUACUGCCGGUCCAGAUGAGCCAGGAAGAGGAGGAGCUGAUGAGGAAGAGACUCUGGAAACUUGUUAAUAAUCAUACAUUCUUCCAACAUCCAGAUUUAAUAAGAGUAUUGCGUAUCCACGAGAACGUAAUGGCUGUGAUGAUGAACACGCUGGGCCGUCGCGCGCAGGCACAGUCUGAUGCUGCACCGGCCUCGCCUCCCACUCCUGAAGACAAAGAGAAGGACACAUCUCACGAGAUGGUGGUAGCCUGCUGCCGAUUCCUCUGCUACUUUUGCCGCACGGGCAGACAGAACCAGAAGGCUAUGUUCGACCACUUCGACUUCCUGCUGGAGAACUCAAAUAUUCUUCUCUCCCGUCCGUCACUGCGUGGCUCUACUCCUUUGGACGUGGCCUAUUCAAGUCUCAUGGAGAACACUGAACUGGCUUUGGCUUUGAGGGAACAUUACUUGGAGAAAAUAGCAGUAUACCUCUCUCGCUGCGGGCUGCAGAGCAACUCUGAGCUGGUGGAGAAAGGUUACCCAGAUCUGGGCUGGGAUCCAGUGGAAGGCGAACGUUAUCUUGACUUCUUGCGUUUCUGUGUAUGGGUCAAUGGAGAAAGCGUAGAAGAAAACGCCAAUUUAGUAAUCCGUCUGCUAAUCCGUCGGCCGGAGUGCCUCGGACCUGCGCUGAGGGGCGAGGGCGAAGGCCUACUGAAGGCCAUCGUGGACGCCAACAAGAUGAGCGAGAGGAUCGCCGACAGACGCAAGCUGAGGGAGAUGGAGCAGGAGGGAGAUGUCAACUUCAGCCACCCGUUACCAGAAUCUGAUGAUGAUGAGGACUACAUUGACACUGGUGCAGCCAUACUCAACUUCUACUGUACUCUGGUGGAUCUGCUUGGAAGGUGUGCCCCUGAUGCUAGUGUUAUAGCUCUGGGCAAAAAUGAAUCGCUUCGAGCUCGAGCCAUUCUGCGUUCACUGGUGCCUCUGGAAGACCUGCAAGGUGUCCUCAGCUUGAGAUUUACUCUCAACAACCCAGCUGCAGGGGAAGAAAGACCUAAAUCAGAUAUGCCUUCCGGACUCAUCCCUGGCCACAAGCAAAGUGUGGGCUUGUUUUUGGAGCGUGUAUAUGGCAUCGAAACUCAGGAACUUUUCUACAGGCUGCUGGAAGAAGCUUUCUUGCCAGAUUUGCGCGCCGCUACUAUGUUGGAUAGGAACGACGGCUGCGAGUCGGACAUGGCUCUCUCCAUGAAUCGUUAUAUCGGUAACUCGAUUCUACCUCUUCUGAUCAAGCACGCCAACUUCUACAACGAAGCAGAGAAUUACGCUAGUUUGUUGGACGCAACUCUACACACCGUUUAUAGGUUAUCUAAGAAUCGAAUGUUAACCAAAGGACAACGUGAAGCCGUCUCAGAUUUCCUUGUAGCACUAACAUCGGCUAUGCAACCGUCCAUGUUGCUGAAACUUCUCAGGAAGCUUACAGUGGAUGUGUCCAGACUAUCAGAAUAUACCACGGUUGCUUUGAGGUUACUGACGUUGCAUUACGAACGCUGUGCAAAGUACUACGGUAGCACUGGGGGUCAGGGGUUGUACGGUGCAUCAUCAGAUGAGGAAAAGCGUCUCACCAUGAUGCUAUUCUCCAACAUCUUCGAUUCCCUCAGCAAGAUGGACUACGAGCCCGAACUGUUUGGGAAGGCGUUGCCGUGUCUCAUUGCAAUCGGUUGUGCUUUACCGCCCGAUUACUCACUCUCCAAGAACUAUGAUGACGAGUUCUACGGCAAAGAAACACAAUCAACUGGUGGUCCAGACAAUCCACAAUACGAUCCACAGCCGAUCAACACAUCAUCAGUGGCACUGAACAAUGAUCUCAACACCAUCGUACAGAAGUUCUCUGAACACUAUCAUGACGCGUGGGCGUCCAGAAAAAUUGAGAAUGGUUGGGUUUAUGGCGAAUCAUGGUCGGAUCAUCAGAAGUCACAUCCUCGUCUGAAACCAUAUAAUAUGCUCAAUGAUUAUGAGAAGGAGCGCUACAAGGAACCAGUACGUGAAUCCCUGAAAGCGUUGCUGGCUAUUGGCUGGUCGGUGGAACAUUCCGAAGUAGACAUCCCGAGUACCAACCGUAGCUCAAUGCGAAGACAGUCCAAGUCUGGUGGCCGACCACCCGAUGUUGUGACAGACUCAGCCACACCGUUCAACUACAAUCCACACCCUGUGGAUAUGACCAACUUGACACUAUCAAGAGAAAUGCAAAACAUGGCGGAGAGGCUGGCUGAGAACGCUCAUGACAUUUGGGCGAAGAAGAAGAAGGAAGAACUUGUUACUAAUGGAGGUGGCAUCCACCCACAGUUGGUUCCGUACGACCUUCUCACCGACAAAGAAAAGAAGAAGGACCGCGAAAGAUCCCAAGAGUUCCUCAAAUAUCUCCAAUACCAAGGUUACAAGCUGCACAGACCUAGCAAAGCCACCCAGAGUGACACAGAACAGACCACUACGGGUGUGGCAAUAGAGCUCAGAUUCGCAUACUCGUUACUGGAGAAACUGAUACAGUAUAUAGACAGGGCGACUAUAAACAUGAAGCUUUUGAAACCUUCAACGACUUUCAGUAGACGCAUCAGUUUCAAAACCAGCACACGAGACAUCAAGUUCUUCUCUAAGGUGGUGCUGCCUCUAAUGGAAAAAUACUUCUCAACUCAUCGCAAUUACUUCAUAGCAGUUGCAACAGCAACUAACAAUGUCGGUGCGGCCAGUUUAAAGGAGAAGGAAAUGGUUGCAGCUCUGUUCUGCAAGUUAGCUAGUUUGCUACGGUCGCGACUGGCGGCCUUCGGUCCUGAUGUGCGAAUCACAGUUCGCUGUCUCCAAGUUCUGGUGAAGGGCAUUGAUGCCAAAUCCUUAGUCAAGAACUGCCCCGAAUUCAUCAGGACGUCAAUGUUGACCUUCUUUAACAAUGUAGCUGAUGAUCUAGGACAUACUAUACUCAACUUGCAAGAGGGGAAAUAUGCACAUCUACGAGGCACCCACUUGAAAACAUCUACGUCUCUUGGCUACAUCAAUGGAGUACUACUGCCUAUAUUAACAGCUAUGUUCGAUCACUUGGCGAACUGCGAGUACGGAGCUGAUUUAUUACUGGAUGAGAUUCAAGUGGCGUCGUAUAAGAUGCUGGGGUCGCUGUACGCUCUCGGCACUGAUGCGUCGCUCACACACGACAGGAAGUAUCUCAAGACAGAGAUAGAGAGGAACAAACCAGCGUUGGGUUCAUGUUUGGGAGCAUUCAGCUCGACCUUCCCGGUCGCAUUCCUGGAGCCUCAUCUAAAUAAACACAACCAGUUCUCUCUGCUCAAUCGCAUUGCAGACCAUUCCCUCGAAGCACAAGACAUAAUGGCGAAAAUGGAGCAAUCUAUGCCAACGCUAGAAACGAUACUAAGCGAGGUAGACCAAUUCGUGGAGUCAGAUAAGACGUACAACGAAGCACCGCACAUUAUAGAUGUAGUGCUGCCAUUAUUGUGCUCCUACCUUCCAUUCUGGUGGGCGCAAGGGCCUGACAACGUGACACCUACUGCUGGGAACCACGUCACGAUGGUGACAGCGGAGCACAUGAACCAACUGUUGAAGAAUGUGCUGAAGUUAAUCAAGAAGAACAUAGGCAAUGAGAGUGCGCCGUGGAUGACGCGCAUCGCCACCUACACCCAACAAAUCAUCAUAAACAGCUCUGAGGAACUGCUGAGGGACUCGUUCCUGCCGCUAGCGGAGAGAGUCAGAAAGAGGACUGACAACAUGUUCCAUAAAGAGGAGAGUUUGAGAGGAUUCAUCAAAUCUUCAACAGACGAUACUUCGCAAGUAGAGUCGCAAAUUCAGGAGGACUGGCAACUCCUCGUAAGGGAUAUAUACUCGUUCUACCCGCUUCUUAUCAAGUACGUCGAUCUGCAGAGGAAUCAUUGGCUCAGGAAUAACGUUCCAGAGGCCGAAGAACUAUAUAACCAUGUAGCAGAGAUAUUCAACAUUUGGUCAAAGAGUCAGUACUUCCUGAAGGAAGAACAGAACUUCAUAUCCGCCAAUGAAAUCGAUAACAUGGUGCUGAUUAUGCCAACUGCUACAAGAAGAGCGACCACAGUCACCGAUGGGGCGCCCCAAGGUGGUGGAAAGAAAAAGAAGAAACAUCGCGAUAAGAAACGCGAUAAAGAUAAGGAAGUGCAAGCAUCGUUGAUGGUGGCCUGCCUGAAGAGAUUACUGCCGGUCGGCCUCAACCUGUUCGCUGGCAGAGAACAAGAGUUAGUCCAGCACUGUAAAGAUAGAUUCCUCAAGAAAAUGUCCGAACAAGAUGUAGCAGAGUUUGCCAAGACCCAACUAACACUUCCCGACAAGAUAGACCCGGCUGAUGAGAUGUCCUGGCAACAUUACCUGUACAGCAAACUGGGGUCCAAGAGUAAGACGAACAUCACCGUGGAAACUGCAGAGAACAAGGCCAAGAUCAUUGACGACACCGUUGAGAGGAUUGUAGCUAUGAGCAAAGUGCUGUUCGGAUUGCAUAUGAUCGACCAUCCCCAACAAAUGAGUAAGAACGUAUACCGUUCAGUGGUAUCGAUACAAAGGAAGCGAGCAGUCAUAGCCUGCUUCAGGCAGACCUCCAUCCACUCACUGCCAAGACAUCGCGCGUGCAAUAUAUUUGCGCGGACAUACUACGAGCUUUGGUUGGAAGAGGAGAACAUAGGUCAAGAAGUUAUGAUAGAAGAUUUGACGCAAUCGUUUGAAGAUGCGGAGUUAAAAAAGAGUGAUGUGGUAGAAGAAGAAGGCAAGCCGGAUCCUCUCACACAACUCGUUACAACCUUUUGCAGAGGAGCCAUGACGGAACGUUCUGGCGCUUUACAGGAAGACCCUCUUUAUAUGUCAUACGCUCAUAUAAUAGCCAAGUCAUGCGGUGAAGAAGAGGAAGAAGGUGGUGACGAAGAGGAGGAAGGGGGCGGUGAAGCCGAGGGUGAAGAAGAAGGUCGUGCUAGUAUUCACGAACAAGAAAUGGAGAAGCAGAAGCUCCUGUUCCACCAGUCCCGAUUAGCCGAUCGUGGUGUAGCCGAAAUGGUACUACUGCAUAUAUCGGCAUCCAAGGGUCUACCUAGUGACAUGGUCAUGAAGACCUUGCAGCUAGGCAUCUCUAUACUGAGGGGAGGCAACAUUGAUAUACAGAUGGGUAUGCUGAACCACCUGAAAGACAAAAAGGAUGUGGGCUUCUUCACGUCGAUUGCCGGUCUUAUGAAUUCUUGUUCGGUGCUCGAUCUAGAUGCUUUUGAAAGGAACACGAAGGCUGAAGGUUUGGGCGUGGGUCUCGAGGGCGCCGCUGGUGAAAAGAACAUGCACGAUGCGGAAUUCACUUGCGCCUUGUUCAGAUUCAUUCAACUCACCUGUGAAGGCCAUAACUUGGAAUGGCAGAACUACCUGCGUACCCAGGCCGGUAACACGACGACGGUGAACGUGGUCAUCUGCACCGUCGACUACCUGCUGCGGCUCCAGGAGUCUAUCAUGGACUUCUACUGGCAUUACUCCAGCAAGGAGCUCAUCGACCCGGCUGGUAAGGCGAACUUCUUCAAAGCUAUCGGCGUAGCGUCUCAAGUAUUCAACACCCUCACUGAAGUCAUCCAAGGACCCUGUACACAGAAUCAGCAAGCACUCGCACACUCCAGGUUAUGGGACGCUGUGGGUGGUUUCCUGUUCCUGUUCUCUCACAUGCAGGACAAACUGUCGAAGCACUCCUCACAAGUCGACCUGCUGAAGGAACUGCUCAACCUUCAGAAGGACAUGAUCACCAUGAUGCUGUCUAUGCUUGAAGGAAACGUCGUGAACGGUACUAUCGGUAAACAGAUGGUAGACACGCUGGUAGAGUCUGCAUCAAAUGUGGAACUGAUCCUUAAGUACUUUGACAUGUUCCUCAAACUCAAAGACCUGACUUCCAGCGCUAGUUUCCAAGAGAUAGACGCCAACAAUGACGGUUGGGUGCUGCCCAAAGACUUCAAGGAGAAGAUGGAACAACAGAAGAGUUAUACACCCGAAGAGAUAGAGUUCCUCUUGGCUUGUUGCGAGACAAACCACGACGGCAAACUGGACUACAUCGGGUUCUGCGACCGUUUCCACGAGCCAGCUAAAGAGAUCGGCUUCAAUCUCGCCGUACUACUCACCAACCUCUCAGAACAUAUGCCCAAUGAACCCAGGUUGGCGCGUUUCCUCGAAACUGCCGGCUCUGUGCUAAACUACUUUGAGCCAUUCCUCGGCCGAAUUGAGAUCAUGGGCGGCUCCAAGAGAAUUGAGAGGGUCUACUUCGAGAUCAAGGAGUCGAACAUCGAACAGUGGGAGAAACCUCAGAUCAAGGAAUCGAAACGUGCGUUCUUCUAUAGCAUAGUAACAGAAGGUGGUGAUAAAGAGAAGUUAGAAGCGUUCGUGAACUUCUGCGAGGACGCCAUCUUUGAAAUGACACAUGCGUCCAGUCUUAUGGCUGCUUCUGAGGAGGCUGCAGGUGGACCCAAGAAUAGAGAAGCUAGUUAUAUGUACAUGGGAGAUGACGAUGACGAAAGAACCGGCAAAGACCCAUUCCGACGUGGCCUCCAAUCUGUUAAGGACGGCUUCAGCACGGCAUUUUCGUCUCUAUCACCGUCCAACAUAAAGGCUAAAAUCGCGGACCUACACCAGAUGCCUCCCGCUGAACUGGCUGUUGGAUUCUUUAAAAUGUUCUUCUACAUGUUCUACUACUUGGGAUACGGUGUGUUGGUCGUCAUCAGGUACAUAUUCGGCGUGCUCCUUGGGUUGAUGAGGGGUCCUCAGACGGAGGAGGUGCCUCCGGAGCCGACUGAGGAAGAGAAAAUCGGUCAGUUGAAGCACAGGUUGCUCGCAAGUCAAAGUCCAACAAGACAUCUGCCAGCAUUGCCACCAGCUGACGAUACUGGACAAAUGCAAGUUCAGGCAUUUGGUCUGGAUAUCACAAAAGAAGACAAUGGGCAAAUCCAAGUGAAACCGCACGAGUCUCCAAGCACCUCCACACCAUCUUCAGGCGAAGAAGCAGACGCGUCCCUGGACGAAGGGGCGGAACAUGCUGAGGAACAACGACCACCAUCACUGAUCGACCUACUGGGUGGUGAGCAGGCAAAGAAACAGGCACAAGAAAGAAUGGAGGCGCAGGCUGCCCAACAAGCUGCCAUGUCUGCCAUCGAAGCUGAGAGCAAGAAGGCAGUGCAAGGGCCGGCCCCAUCAGCCCUAUCGCAGGUGGACCUUUCGCAGUAUACUCGCCGCGCGGUUUCCUUCCUCGCCCGUAACUUCUACAACCUGAAGUACGUCGCUCUCGUCUUGGCUUUCUGCAUCAACUUCGUGCUGCUCUUCUAUAAGGUAUCGACGCUUGACUCUGAAGAGGACGGAGAAGGUUCUGGCCUGGCUGACAUCAUUGCCGGUUCAGGGUCUGGACAGGGCUCCGGAAGUGGUGAUGGUGGCAGCGGUGAAUCAGGUGAAGAUGAUGACAGUCUAGAAGUGGUGCAUAUAGAUGAAGACUUCUUCUACAUGGAGCACGUGAUCAAAGCCGCCGCUGUACUCCACUCCAUCGUGUCGCUCGCUAUACUUAUAGGAUACUAUCAUCUUAAGGUGCCACUAGCUAUCUUCAAACGUGAGAAGGAAAUAGCUCGUAAACUUGAGUUCGACGGUCUGUACAUCGCGGAGCAACCCGAGGAUGACGAUCUCAAGAGUCAUUGGGACAAACUCGUCAUAUCUGCCAAAUCCUUCCCCGUGAACUAUUGGGACAAGUUCGUGAAGAAGAAAGUUCGUGCCAAGUAUUCAGAAACUUAUGACUUCGACAGCAUAUCAAACAUGUUGGGCAUGGAGAAGACAUCAUUCUCCGCACAAGAGGAGGAAGGCAGCAAAGGACUAUUCCACUACAUCAUCAACAUCGACUGGCGCUACCAGGUGUGGAAGGCGGGCGUCACGAUCACCGACAACUCGUUCCUGUACUCUCUGUGGUACUUCUCCUUCUCCGUCAUGGGCAACUUCAACAACUUCUUCUUCGCCGCGCAUCUGCUGGACGUCGCCGUUGGCUUCAAGACACUGAGGACCAUUCUGCAGUCCGUCACGCACAACGGGAAACAGCUGGUGUUGACUGUGAUGCUGUUGACUAUAAUAGUAUAUAUAUACACGGUGAUCGCGUUCAACUUCUUCCGCAAGUUCUACGUCCAAGAGGAGGACGACGAGGUCAAUAGGAACUGCCACGACAUGCUCACGUGCUUCGUGUUCAAUCUGUACAAAGGCGUAAGAGCGGGCGGUGGCAUUGGUGAUGAACUGGAGCCACCGGACGGUGAUGACUCCGAGGUGUACCGCAUCAUCUUUGACAUCUCCUUCUUCUUCUUCAUCAUCGUCAUCCUGCUCGCUAUCCUGCAGGGUUUGAUCAUCGACGCGUUCGGUGAACUCCGUGACCAGCUGGAGUCUGUGAAGGAGGAUAUGGAGUCCAACUGCUUUAUAUGCGGCAUUAAUAAAGACUACUUUGAUAAGGUACCACACGGGUUCGACACGCACGUACAGAGAGAACAUAAUCUGGCGAACUACAUGUUCUUCUUGAUGCAUCUCAUCAAUAAACCGGACACGGAGUACACAGGUCAAGAGACGUUCGUGUGGAACAUGUAUACACAGAGAUGCUGGGACUUCUUCCCCGUCGGUGACUGCUUCAGAAAGCAAUACGAGGAUGUAAUGGGAGAAUAAAUGUACAUACUAGAUCUAUGAAAUUUGUUAGCCAAGUUAUAUAAUGAACUUUAUUUAUAUCUAAAUAAGAUCUCAAAUUGAUUUAUAUUUCAAAUAUACUACAUUGUUUAGGAAAAUAUUUGAUGACUAUUUAUCUAAAUAUAUUAAUAGAAAGUUCAAAGUAUUACCAUUUAUUCUAUCAAUAGGAUUUUUAAACUGUCGUUUUCGAAGUGUACAAAUAACACUGCAUUUUUUAUUACAUCUAAAAUCUAGUACACUAAAAUAACUAAAACAGUAAUUCGUAAAACUUGAAUAAUGUACUACCAUGCAAUGUAUUGGUAAUGUAGCUAAGUUAAAAUCCGGUUGUAGUUUUCUAUAUAUUAUUAAUAAGUACAAAAUAUAUAAACUAAAGGGGCUACAAAUUUAUUAAAAUUAUGUAUUGCUCAAAAUAUAACACCAAUAUUAAAUAGCACCCAAUCGUUUGCAAAAAUUAAACUUAAUAUAAAAAUGUUUAAUUUCAUACAAUAUGAGCACGCGUAUACCCACUUCAAAAAUGUGGAUAUUAAAUGCACGUUAACUGCUUAUACCUUUAUAUCUAUAAGUGGUACCUGAUAGAUAGAUAAAUGAUCAAUUUAACAUUAAGUAAAAAUAUCAGA